UCUUAUUUAGAGAGAAUCCGGGGGUUAAUGUGAAGCUUCGCUGGCUAUCGGAGGUUACCAAGAUGUUCAGCCUCGAUCGGGAAUUGGCUGAAGUUAAAAUGUCUGCGGUCACUUCUCGAUUUGUAUACAUUUCGAGGCAUCGCCUGGAUAUCAUAAACAGGGUCAAGGGUGGUGAGGUUCUGUCACUUGUGUUAGAUGUUCAGGAUGAUGUAAACAGACCCCGUAAGUUCCCUACAUAUUUCAUCACUCGAUAUCCUGUGGAUGUAGACCCUUCAUUAGCUAAGGAACUGGAAGGGGUGCACACUGUACGUCGUUUCCUACAGGAUGGGAAGUCCAUCAAUCGUAUUGUCAUUACUUGGAGCCACCCAGAUCCACCCCCGCCUUUUGUUAACUUCUCCUUCCUCCCUUGUCUACCAUCAUGUGAACUACGCAGAAUGCCAGACGAAAAGCCGUGGUGCUUCAAAUGCUGGGGUAUCGGUCACAUCUCACGAUACUGUGCUGCCCCUGAAAAGUGUGCAUUUUGUGCUGCUGAGUAUGACAGUCGGACCUGCCCUCAUCGGCCCCCUGUACCACCCACAGUGGUUGACAGUUCUUCGGCAUCAACAUCAAGCUCAUUACCUCUACCUACACCGGACUCCUCGCAUUGGAAAUGCCCGAGAUGUAAUGAGCCUGGAGUCAAUGUGUGGCAUGGCUGUACCAGGCGUUCAGGCUCUGCAUCGAACCAGCUUAUUGCACAACAGCUUCCAGUGCCAUCAAUCAAACCCCACUGUUACUGCCUCCUCACAAGUGACUACACUUCGUAA